UUCUUUCCAAAAAUCCAUGUGGCCAAGAUCCCAACCUUGGACUCUUCAGAAGAACCGUUCAGUCCUGAUGGCUUAUACUAUCAUCUAAUAACGUAAAAAGCCAGGAUUCGACUAUGGGCGAUUCUACAGCUGAGAUUGUUGACCAAGCCACAGACAUGGAUUGCAAAGAUGCUCAGAUGGAGCUUGCUGAGAGAGUAGCUGCCAUCAGUGUUGGUCCCAAUGGAAUUAAACCAAACAGUCAGGAAGCAAUAGAAGAAAGUGUUGUUCUGUUAUCUCACUGCACAGCUGGAAACAACCAAAGGAAUGGGGUCAGUGUUGAUUCAGGCAUCUCCGAAGAACUGGAUGACACUAAUGAGUUGCAUAAACCAAAGAAGAUCCCCAAAAGGCCCAUUUUGACUGGCAGGAAGUAUUCCCUUCAAGAAAAGACUACUGGGAAUUACUUGAGUUCCUCUGACCUUCCAGACUUUGGUCCAUAUGCCACGGGACCUUCCACGCAUAUUUCACCACGGACAGGGAGGAGGCCGACAAUAGAGUCCCACCGAGUCUCCAUCUCGGACGCUGCAGAUUGUGUGCAGCUGAAUCAAUACAAGCUGAAAAGUGAAAUAGGAAAGGGUUCUUACGGAGUUGUGAAGCUGGCCUACAAUGAAAAUGAUGAUCAGUAUUAUGCCAUGAAGGUCCUCUCAAAGAAGAAGUUGUUAAAACAGUAUGGAUUUCCACGCCGGCCUCCACCUCGGGGAUCCAAACUCAAUGCAAGUGGACAGAUGAAGCCAAUGGCCCCUCUAGAUCGGAUAUAUCAAGAGAUAGCAAUUUUGAAGAAGUUGGACCAUAUCAACAUUGUCAAGUUGAUUGAGGUACUGGAUGAUCCUGCAGAGGACAAUCUAUACAUGGGCCUGUCAUGGAGGUGCCAUGUGACAAUCCUUUUUCUGAAGAACAAGCUUGGCUCUAUUUCAGAGACAUUGUCUUGGGCAUUGAGUACUUGCAUUAUCAGAAGAUCAUUCACCGAGACAUCAAACCAUCAAACUUGCUCUUGGGGGAUGAUGGACAUGUCAAAAUUGCUGAUUUUGGAGUGAGCAAUCAGUUUGAAGGCAGUGAUGCCCAGCUCUCCAGCACUGCUGGGACCCCAGCCUUCAUGGCCCCUGAAACUAUUUCAGAUUCUGGAAAGAGCUUCAGUGGAAAGGCUCUAGAUGUCUGGGCGAUGGGUAUCACUCUCUUUUGUUUUGUAUAUGGGAAGUGUCCCUUCAUCGAUGAAUUCAUCCUGGCUCUUCACAACAAGAUCAAAAACAAGCCCGUGGAAUUUCCAGAAGAGAUCAAGACCAGUGAAGAACUGAAGGAUCUGAUUCUGAAGAUGCUGGAAAAGAACCCUGAAUUGAGGAUAACGCUUCCUGAAAUUAAAGAACAUUCAUGGGUCACAAUGUACGGCAAGCACCCUCUUCCUUUAGAGGAGGACCAUUGCACCAUAGUAGAAGUGACUGAAGAGGAAGUGAAGAACUCAGUCAAAACAAUUCCUAGUUUACCUGCUGUGAUUUUAGUGAAGGCCAUGUUGAGGAAACGGUCAUUUGCCAACCCAUAUGAGACCCAAACGAGGCGAGAGGAACGAUCUAUGUCGGCUCCGGGGGACUUGCUACUGCACGGUUUUCAGUUAAGCCCCUCUGUGUAUUUACAUCCAGCUUUAAGAAACCAAGGAAGCCGGGAAGGGAUGAAAGACCCAGAACUGCCCGACUUGAAUGAAGAUGAGACGACCACUUGAACCCCCUCAAAUCACACGGACUGAUCAUCCAGCUACUGCUGUAACUAUUGUAACCGGUGGUGUUGUCUUGCACGCCAUGCUGUUCUCAUCAACCGGGCUUCGUGAUCUGUGGGAGAGACAGAAGACAUAAGCGCAUCGCUAAGAACUAAAGCAGCAAACCCCCAACUCAAGAAACGGUGCGCUGAAUAGCUAAUCCUUCAUACAACCUGCUGCCUGCAUUUUCCCCCCCACACACACACCAUAUAAGACAUUUCGAUGUUGUAAACUUGAGAUGUGCCUCUUCCUGCUGUGUUUCAUGUUGUGGUAACGUGUUUUUGGUCAGUUUUGCUGAAUGUCCCUUGCUAGGAGCUGCUCCGUUCAAAGUCCUAUUCCAGCUCUAAAUUAGGGCAUGAGCUAUUAAAGCAAUCGGGAUUGCAAGCCCAGGUUAUCCCUCAACACAUUAUAAACCUUUUCACCUCUCUUAACUGCUGGCUCAAGGGCGCCCGUUAACUUUGGCUUGUUUUGAAAUGCAACAACAAUACAGUAGCCCGUGCGGUAAGUAUUCAGCUUGUUUUGCUUCGGCAUGUUUCCUAAGUUGCGCAUGGCUGUAUAGGUUGGAACAUGCCCAGUGAGGUUGCUAAAAACUAGAAAGACUUCUGGAUUUCUCCUCCUUUAGAUAUUUCCCCCAAUUCUGAAUUGUCUGCUCAUUUCCAGAUAUUCCAAAUUAAGGGAGCUAAGAUGACAGUUUCCCCUUGUCUUCUGCCUUUCUUCCCUUUUGCACAUGGAAAAGGG